AGUGUUGCAGAUUUGUAACAUUAGCGAGCUCUGACGAUCUUACCCAAGGCCCUAAAACAUAUCUUACCUAACUUACCUAAGGUUAUAUGGCCUUGUUACCUAACUUAUACGGCCUUGGCAGAUGGGAGGAUAAGACAAUUUUCAAAAUGGGCUUUUCAGUUCACUCUUACAUAUUCAUAUUCCUUUCAAUUGCCUCCACUCUUCAUGGUACCGAGGCUCUGUAUGAGGACGUCCGCUGCAAGUGCGUCUGUCCUAAUCCGAAUGUCGUCAAUGGCUCAUCAUCGGAUCGCAAACUCUACAUUGCCAAUGUCGUCCCAAAUAUGUGCAACUGCGACAACGUGAUUUUACCCGAGCUGCCGGCAAACUUCUCCAAGAGCCGCGAGUUUUGUCCGCUCUGCGAGUGCAAGUUUGAGAGUCGCAACACCACCACGAUCAAGGUGGUUGUCAUCCUCAUCAUCUGCAUCAUCUCGGUGCUAGUCAUCUACAUGACGUUCCUCAGCUGCUUGGACCCGAUCCUGAACCAGCGCCGCGCCGCCGCCUCCGCCUACCAGCAGCAGACGGAUGACGAGGACGACCUGGGCGGCCGGAUGGCCCAGCCGCUGUACGAACAGGGCGGUGUGCUCAACCGGGUCGGCAACCGACAGGACCGCUGGAAACGACAGGUCCAGGAGCAGCGCAACAACAUCUACGUCCGACGCACCAUGCUCAACUAGGCGGCUCGGCGCCCGGCGGCGCGCCGCCCGGGGACAGAGCUAGCGGCCACAGGACGGCGCGGCACCGGCCAGACGCUGCACCGGCCCAUCGGGCGCGUCACACUCCUGUCUGCAGCUGGAGCUCUCUCUAGGAGUCUUUGUCUCGUUUUUGUGGCCGCAUUGGCUGCUUUGUCUAGCAGUGUGACUGUGUUUCUCCCACGUUUGCGGCUGGACGGGGGUCCGUCUCCGUUCUGACGGCCGGGUGGCACUGAGCUCGGCGUUCAGUACACGCUGCGUGUCUCGGCACGCCGUCGCUGCGCAGCAGGGCAGGUGUGGGCACCGCUGCGCGACGCCGCGGCAAUGCCGGCCCUGUGAGACCAGUGGGACACUGGGGCGCAGCGGCCCCCGUCGGUGCCCGCCGGCCCCCGGCCCAGUGUGCGGGCCUGACGGCACGCGUCGGCUGGUCAACAGUAACACAGAGUCCAGACACGGGUCGGCGCCGCGCCGGGAGGGCCAGCCGGUCGACGCUCCCGGGGGAGGUGCCGUCAGCCGCCGGCCGAACGGCCCGCUGUCUGGACAGGCUGGCGGGCGCACCGGGCCGGCCGCCGGUCCCUGCCGCCCGACACGGACCCGACGUCUGUCCGUGACCGGCCCCGGCCGUCCACCGACGUCGGCCGGCCAUUGGCCGCUGCCGGGGGCGGUGCCGGCGGACCGUGUGUGUGUGGAGGGGGGGGGGGCGGGCUGAGGCCGAGGAAUUCGGCGAGGGGCGGCCCGGCAGGGGCUCGCCGUCCGGGACGCAGUGAAUGCGUCGUGUGCGCGGCCCAUUGGGUCCACGAGGUCAUGUGUGGUGUAGUCACAUUUGUAAACACAUUGCCAUGUCGUGAGUCGUGAGCUACUCCUGGGAAGUUGAUAUAUUUAUAUUCGUUAGAUGUUAGCAAUGCCUUGCUUUUAGCUUGGUGUUUAGUUCGAGGGUUUUGUUAUCCGUUUUGGGUUUCACGAUGAUCCAUGUAAAAUGCUGUAUGUUUUAUCAUUAAUACAAUAUCAGCAUAAUCAUCUAUAAAAUAUAUUAUUGAAUAAUGAUGAAACGCUUGUGUAUUUGUGGUACCGUUUAUUGGCUAUUGCACCAUUCUAUUACCUCCAUUGGUUUUGCAUGCACUGGCGUAUGCGUAAAAUCGUCACUUCUCGGCCUGCGAACAUUAGACGCUGUACAGUGUACAUGUGUAGGCAUAACCGAUACAAGAACUACAUGUUUAGUGAUACAUAGUACACUCCCCGGGCAUGACUUCGGCUAGCCGGGAUGCAAAAUUAAAAAAAGGCUGGUAUGAAACCUGGCGAAAGUUAUGUCUUUCAUCGGCGGCGUAUGUGAAUUGCCUGACUAAAGUUUUU